AUGAAAAUCAAUUUGGAACAGUAUAGGUUGUCCACAGAUGACGAAUUGCGGUUUGAAGUUGGAGCCGUCGAGGUUUUACUGGAAUUGACGGAAGGAGAUGCGGAAAUGUUUGGAACACCUUUGAUUCGAUAUAAGAAGUACCAAAUUCCAGCAGGUAUGUUAUUUUAUAUUGUGUUUCAACGUUUAGAUAACAUUUUGUACUUUUGACGAAUUUUCUACGAGGUUUAUUAUUAAACUUGUGAUGGAUAACCCAAGUUUUUGAAGAUUUGAAGUAAAAACUGAACACUAACCUUUUAGGCUUUCGUGGAGCAGUUUAUGCGAUGAAAUCAGCUGUAAUAGAGAUAGCCGGGCCAUUGGAAAGUGCUUAUACGGCGCAUGCUGCUGUUCCGAUGGUUCCGUAUCGUAAUGUACAUGCUGGAUUGAGGACGAAAAGGAUACGAACUGCACCAUAUCAAACUGGGCCAAAAGUGUUGAUUGCUGGUCCAAAAGAUGUGGGAAAGUCUACACUUUGUAAAUUGUUAGGAAAUUACGCAGUUCGGACUGGGAAUCAGGUUCUAUACGUUGAUUUAGAUCCGGGACAGGUAGGAGUUGUGGUUAAUAUAAUUUUUUGGAUUUUUUGAGUGUUUUUUUUAAUCAUUUUUACAUAAAUGAAAAAUAAGGUUUUGCUAUAAAAAUAGUGUAGUCGGGUUUAGAAUUUAGUGUUUUAAUGUGUAUAUUUUUAGAAUAUUGUGUUUCCUGGAUGUUUAUCAGUGAUCAAUGUCGAAAAGUUGUCUCAUCCUUUAUAUGGCUUUGAUACGGACAAACCAUAUGCUUUAAAUGUGAGUCUUAUUUGAUUUUUUUAGUUUUAAAUUUAGGACUUCAGAAUUUUAAAACCGUUCACAAUAUUGUUACUAAUGGUAUUGUUUUAAAGAUAGUUAUAGUAAAAUUUGCGUUUUUUUUAGUUUGGAAGCCUUAAUCCAUUGAAGAAUCAGAAGCUGUAUGACAUUAUGGUAGAGCACAUUUCAGAAGUUGUAAACAAAAAGCUAAAAGCUAUUGAUAAGUUCAGAAAAGGAGGUGUUAUUAUUGACACUACUGCAUAUUCAAAGGGAGUUUAGUGAGUUACUACUUUUGUACAUUAUUAUAUAUUUUGGAGCAAUGAAAUAUAACUUUACAAGCUGAGUGUCUAAAGAAUCACUUCUAAUUGAUAUUAUUUUAGCUACAAAUCGAUCCUCCGGGCCGCGGAGAUAUUUAACGUAGAUUUGUUGAUAGUAUUGGACCAUGAAAGGCUGUAUGCUGAUUUACAAAAGGAUCUCAAGGGUAAACCGACAAAGAUUAUCCAUUUACCAAAGUCUGGAGGGGUGGAAAGUAGGACGCCAGCUCAAGAAGCCGAAAGCCGACGAAAUGUUAUUCAAAAAGUAAGUUUUUACGUGAUUUUUGUUUAAAAAAGGCAGGUUAUUGAUGUUAGUGGCUUAAACAUAUUUUACUUCCUGCGGGAACUUUAUUUACAAAAAUAUUUUUUUAAUCUAAAAUUAAUUUGCAUUUUCAGUACUUUUACGGCACAAAAGCCCAGCCCUUCUACCCGCGGUCCUUCGAAUUCGUCUACGAUAAGCCCAAAGAGGAAUGGGAUCUAAAAGUAGCCAGAAUUGGUGUAGAUGCCCUCCCGUCAUCAUGUCUACCAUAUGGAAUGGCUCCAGAUGAACAUCAAACCAUGGUGGAACAAGUCAACUUUACCCCAGCUCUCAACCACAAGAUUGUGGCGUUAACCGAGGAUACAGGCUCAUUAACAUCAGCUAUCAUUAAGAAGAAUGUCAGAGGGUUCGCAUUGAUUCAAGAAGUUGAUACCCCGAACAAAGUGGUACAGGUACUGCUGGCCGAAGAGCCACCAAUCAAGUACAACUUGGGAAUAUUGAGCGAAGUGGAGUUCAUGGAUGACAUGCCUGGGAGAAUGUGA